GAGCAAACUAGUAAAGUGAGAACCUUGUGCAUGUCGUCAACUUGGUAAACGAAAAAGGAAAAGGGUGCAGUUAAUGAGGAAUGGAAAAUUGGGUUAUGCUGUAAUCGAUUUGGCCUUUGGGUGUGUUGCUAGGAUCACGUCAGUAAUCAGUUCUGUAGUGGACGAUUGUGUUCCAGUUGUUUAACAACACCAGUUACUUGAUCGUACAGAAUUUCCGCUUUGUUCUGCUGAUUUGGUCAAGUUUUUUUGUUGAACUCCAAGUGUUCGAUCAAAUGCCUCAACGAUAUGCAUCACCUGGUGUAUGCCUCAACCACAUGAGUUGGCAAAUUUUUCAUGUGGAGUUCUGACUUAUUUCUCAUCUCUUUUAUUCAUUUGUUGCUGGCAUCACUUGUCACAACAGCUGCAGCUUAUCAUCCCUUCAUAAUCAAAAUUGUCAGCAUGGAAGUCCUUCCCUGUGUCCAAAACAAAUCAUGUAUGGAUGUGAAGGAGUUUGAUGCAACAAAAGCUGGUGUUAAAGGACUUGUAGACUCCGGCAUCACAAAGAUACCUAAAUUUUUUAUUCAUCCACCAGCGCAAAUAAUGGAUAAUUCAUCUUGCAAGGCCAGUGAUAUGAGCCUCCAUGUUCCACUGAUAGACCUAGCAGGCUUUGAAAGCCAUAGAAGGAAGGAUAUAAUUGAUGGAAUACGUGAAGCAUCUGAAAAAUGGGGUGCCUUUCAAUUGAUCAGUCAUGGGAUUCCAAUUAGUGUCUUGGAUGAGAUGAUUGCUGCUGCCCGAAGAUUUCAUGAGCAACCCAAUGAGGUGAAGAAGGAGCUGUACUCUCGUGAUCCUAAGAAAUCAGUGAGGUACCACUCCAACAGUGAUCUCUUUGAGCGCAAAGGAGCUGCAGAUUGGAUGGAUGCCGCGGCUUUUGAUUUUGAUGAUGGUAAAUUGGACCCUGCAUCCCUUCCUCAAAUAUGCAGAGAUGCUGUGACAGAAUAUGUGAGACAGAUGAUUGAACUGAAGAAUACAUUAUCUGAACUACUCUCAGAGGCUCUGGGACUUAGCAGUGACUAUCUUGCAAAAAUGGAAUGCAUGGAACAUCCAUCAAUACGUUUCAACUAUUACCCGCCCUGCCCUGAGCCAACCUUGACACUUGGCUCACUCAAGCAUACAGACCCAGAUUUUUUUACUAUACUCUUGCAGGACAAUGUUGGUGGUCUUCAAGUUCUGCAUCAAAAUAUGUGGGUUGAUGUGUCCACAGUUCAAGGUGGUCUAACUGUCAACAUGGGUGAUUUGAUGCAGCUUAUUACCAAUGAUAAAUUCAAAAGCAUCCCACACAGGGUUCUAGUUAAACAGACUGGCCCCAGAGUGUCAGUUGGUUGCUUCUUGUAUCCUUAUUCAACACAUCUUAGUAAACCCUUUGGGCCUAUAAAGGAGCUUCUAUUCGACCAAGAACCAAUAUACAGAGAAACUACUGUCCUGGAAUACAUAGAUUACUACAGGUCUAAUGGAGGACCCGGCAAUCCAUGCCUACCCCUUUUUAAAGUGGGGUAAGGGAUUGCGAGCCGGAUGGAGUGAUGGAGCCUUAUGAAACAAUAUCUGAACCUAAAAUAUGUAACAAAGUUCAGCUUCUCAUGUAUGUUGUCUGCUGUCUAAAUUCUCAGAACCUGUAUGUAUAUGUGCCUGUUAUAUAUUUGUAAUGGGUCUAUCUUUUCUCUGUUUAAAGGAAUGAUUUGUAAUAAAGAAUUAAUGUUUCUCCCAUUCAAUACCCUGACUAGUAUUCCUCAAGAAUGUGAAUGAUAUCUGUCUCAGCUCA